CACAUACACACCUACACACACACACAGGCAGUGCAAGCAGGCAGAGGCAGUGAGCCAGCCAACAGAGAGCCUGCCGAUCAGCAGCCAUGACAGACACCGAUUCUCUGAGCGAGGCACUGAAGGCGAUCAGUGUGAGCACAGAGCUGAUCGAGGAGGAGCUCAAGCCUCAUUUGGACACAGUGCUGGCUUCUCUGCUGGAAAAGAAGAAAGAUGCUGCUGUUGAGAUCGCCAAAAGUGGGAUUCUACCCACACUGGCUCAGGCCUUACAGAGUAAAAGCAGCCUGAACCGCCAGGUGGCUCUGGUGGUGGCAGAGAUGGCCCGGGAAGCUGCAGUCAGGGAGCCGUGCAUCGAGGCGGGCCUGGUGAAGGUGCUGGUUCCCCAUCUGAACAGCAAUGACCAAGAGAUGCUGCUGAACACUGGCAGGGCCAUUGGGCGCAUCUGCUUUGACAACUCGUACCAACAGGACCAGUUAGUCCAGAGUGGUGUAAUCCCCAGACUGGUGUCCAUAAUGAGGGAGUAUCCAGAGAACGACCCACUGGUUAACGUCUGCCUGCUGGCCCUCUGUAACCUGGCUGACAUGGACUCGGCGAGGGAAGCCCUGGCAGAGCUGGACGUGGCUGACGUACUGACGUUUCAGCUGAAACGGGCGCCUGAUGCCGAACGCCGACAUGUCAUCCUGGAGAUACUGGGUGCACUGGGCGAGAGUGACACACUGAAGCUGCAGUUUGCAGAGUCAGGAGUACCAGAGGCUCUAUCAGAGAUGAUUCGGAACCUGCAGGGAGGUUCUGACCCCCACGACCUCUGCAGCAUCAAGAUUGCCUCCAACCUUAUAGUGUCCCUGCUUUUAGGAGACGAGUCUAUGCAGAAGUGUUUCGGAGAGGGAUCAGGUCUGGUGUAUCAGGAUGUUCUGUCCUGGCUCCAGAGCUCCAACACCCAGCUGCAGCUGUCUGGAGCCUUGGCCAUUGCCAACUUUGCCAGGAAUGACAGUAACUGUGUGAAGAUGCUGGACCUCGGGGUGGUUCCUCACAUCCUGACCUUGUUGGAGCAACAUGUCGAUGAAGGAGAUGUGUCUGUCCAACAUGCUGGACUGAGCGCGCUCAGAAACCUGGCCAUUCCCGCCACCAACAAAGUGCGGAUGCUGGAGGACGGUGUGACUGAGAGGAUAAAGACCCUGCUGCGCUCUGACAUGCCUCCAGUUCAGUUCAAACUGCUGGGCACACUACGUAUGAUGGUGGAUGGACAAGAGGAGGCAGCCUUGGUGCUGGGCAGAGAUGCUGUGCUGCUGGCUCGGAUCAUGGAGUGGUGUGAAGCCAAAGACCAUGCAGGAGUCCGAGGAGAAGCCAGCCGCCUGUUGGCCGCCCUCAUCAGACACAGCCGCAGCCCCGAAGUUGUCCGUGCUGUAGCCAAAGCCGAUGGGGUUCGGCACCUUAUCUCCAUGGCAACAAGUGAGCACGUCAUCAUGCAGAACGAGGCCCUGGUUGCCCUGGCAAUAGCGUCUGCCAUUGACCUCGAGUCUAUGAAGGAUCCCUUUGGGGAGGCGGAGUUGUUGGCCAUGCUAAAGAAGAUGUUGGAGGAUCCUGUAGGGGCGGUGGAAGUCAAGUUCAGCGCUUUAGGUCUCAUCUGCAGCCUGGCUAACUCCAGUGAGAUGAAGGAGGAGUUGAACUCUGUGAAUAUGAAGGAAAGCCUCAGUAAGCUGACAGAUCAUAGCAGCAGUAAACUUUCCUCACAGGCGAGCUCCAUACUGGCCAUUCUCAGUGACACCAGCUAAAGCAGCACA